AUGGCGGCCCAGAUGCAGCAGCAGCGCGCGCCCGAGCUGGAGGUGCCCGAGCCCGAGAGCAGCCCGCGCGUCGAGUCGGCGUCCAAGGCCCCGGAGGAGAGCAAGCCCGCGCCCGUGGACGUCUCGAGACCGUGGCCGGACCCGAGUAUGCAGCCGCUGCGGACCAAGCCCACGACGCCCGGCGGCUCCAGCCUCAAGGUGGAGACGGCGCCCACCGUGGUGCAGACCAGCAGCCUCGGCGCGGGCCUCGAGGACGCCGGGCUGCCCAAGCCCAGCGACGGCCUGCCCAUGCCCAACAUGAGCUGCGACUCGGUCUCGCCCGUGUCGCCCACCGUCAUGAAGGACCUGCAGUUCGACUCACGGUUCAUCUCGGACGCCUGGUCCUACGAAGCCCCGCAGAACAUGUACGCGCUGCUGACGCAGCCGACGAGCCAGCUGGACCCUCUGGGCGGCGGCGCGACGGGGCUCGUGACGCCGUACAUGCAGCUCCAAGCGCAGCAUCAGCAGCACCUCCACUUGCAGCAGCAACAACAGCAACUGGAGCAACAACUGGAGCACGGCCUCCCCCUGCAAAUGUCCCCCAUCCACGGCGCCGGACUGUCGUCGCUGUACAUGUCGGGAGCGCCCAUGGCGAUAAGUCCUCAUCAGAUGAUGAUGCAGCAGUCCCCAAACGGCGCUGGUGGCUACCCCACGACGCCCACAGCAGUGAGUCUCAGUGACCUUAUGAUCUCGGGAGAUCCGAGUCUGUACCUGGCGCCGAGCGGUAGUCCGACGAGCCUGGUGAAGCAGCACAUGAUGCCGCCGAUGCCGCACACCGGGGGUGUUGUGAACGUGAAGGAGCUGACGCUCAAUGAGCUGCGUCCGCACUUCAAUAAGCCGAUGGCGGUGGUGGCCAAGGAAUUGGGAGUAUGCAUUACUCUGAUGAAGAAGAUCUGCCGCCGCAAUGGACUCGUGCGGUGGCCGCACCGACGCAUUCGCAGUCUGGUAAACCGCAUCACGUCGCUCCAAGUUCUAGUGGGGAACGCAGCUGGAGCUGAGCGCAAGCGCUUCCAAGCGCAGAUUGCCGGUUUGCGUGAGGAGCUAUCGGCUGUGAUCCAGAACCCGAACGAGAAGAGUCGCAAGGCUCAGACGGACACCAAGAUCCCCAUCAAGAUGGAGCCGCUGAUGCUCAACGGCGUCAGGGACGAGUUCCCCAUUGCUCAGAUCACCGAUACGAUGGUGGGGCCGGCCGAGAUACCGUCCGACAAUGACAAGAUCAGUGACCAUGGCAAAAAAGACGCCAAGGAUAACGAUUCUGCUGACGACGUUGUUGACGCCGCUUCAAACGAAGUUCGGGCCACCACUACUACCACUACCACCACCACCAGAAAGACGAGGUCCAAGAAAUCCAAGGCCGCUGCCAAGACCGAAGCUGCAAAAGACCCAGAGGACGAGGUGUCUGGCGCGAAGCAGAGCUCUCGGUCAAAGAAGCGCAAGCCGUCAUUCGGGCUGCACGCACACCAACCGCCUCCCAUUAAGAUCCCUCGCCACGAGGAGCUGCCGUCCAUGAGCCGCCUGCGCAGCCAAAGCGUGCCUGAGAGACGUUUGCGUGGGGAUCGACGAUACGGACGGGGACGAGAUACGGGCGCUGGGGUCGCAUGCGUAAGACCGUCGACCACUACCCACCGCAACGGUAGGCGCGGCUCCAUCUCGUCCAUCUUGAACGAUAUUCCUGAGUAAGCGGAAGUCGGAGCACCCACCGGCUCAUCUUGCUCAUGCGUUGGGGCAUUUGAGCUGGUACCUGUAAGAAGCCGUUCAACUAAGAGUUCAGACAAGAGUCCUUUAUCGUAUAUACAAUACACAUCCGCUACGUUUGGUCCAUGAU